AUGCCUGGUGACACCGUGGAGGGUGCUGAUGAGAUUGUAAUGCCAAAUAAUCGAAGUUUUCCCAAGCUCGAGGACCAUCCACCGGCAAAUGAUUUUCCAAUUCCUCCUUCGAACACCAAGAACACACCAAAAAAGGUCGUCGAUCACCCUUCUCUGGAUGCCUCGAUUGAUCAACUGUACGAUAAUGUAUGCGAGAUGAUGAGCUCUGGUGACAGCUGCAUAACAAGGAGUUUCGGAUCUGAAGGUGAGGAAUUGAGGAUCGACUCAGAGUUGCACCACCUCGCCGGAGGGGAGACGGGGGCUUCCCAGAAGGGAAAUGGAUUUUCUGACCGGAUGAAGGAGAGCAUGGCCAGAUCCUCCGACAAAUCCUCCGAUUCAUCGAUGCCAGAACCUGAAAACAAGGACUCUCCCGGAAGAGGUGAUCCGAGGGGAAAGAAAUUAAGCGCUGAUGCGAAGAAACGGAGUUCCACCGGCGGGGAAGCAAAAUCGUGGAACGGAACCGAGGAUUUCUCAGAAUCCGCUCUGAAUAAUUCCGACCUCGGACAUUUCAAUCUGAAGCGCGCCAGAGAACUGAUCUCAGGGGAUCACCACAAGAGAGCUCUCGACUAUGCACUGCGGGCGGUCAAGUCAUUCGAAAGAACUGCGAACGGGAAGCCCUGCUUAGACCUGGUGAUGAGCUUGCAUGUUCUUGCGGGGAUCUACAGCAGCUUAGGGCAAUACGAGCAGGCCAUACCCGCGCUAAAGCGAUCAAUUCAGAUCCCAUCCAUGGAAGAAGGCCAGUCCCACGCCCUCGCCCAGUUCGCCGGCCAGAUGCAGCUGGGGGACACAUAUUCAAUGAUGGGUCAGCUGGAGAACUCCAUAGCCUGCUACUCUUCCGGUCUGGAGAUCCAGAGCUAUGCGCUGGGGGCGAUGGACCCAAGAGUCGGUGAAACCUGCCGAUUCCUUGCCGAAGUCCAUCUCCAGGCGCUGCAACUCGACGAAGCUAAGGAGCUCUGCAGGACGGCCAUGGACAUCCACAGAGAGAGCGGGGAGGAGCCACCACUGGAGGAGACCGCCGACAGGAGACUCAUGGCCCUCAUAUCCCAGGUCAAGGGCGACCACGAGGAAGCUCUCGAGCAUCUGGUCAUGGCGAGCACCGCCAUGGCCGCUAAUGGGCAGGUAAAGGAGGUGGCCUAUGUGGACUGCAGCAUCGGCGACGCCUACCUUUCCCUUGCUCGCUACGACGAAGCCGUCUUCGCCUACAGGAGAGCUCUCUCCACCCUCAAGUGUACCGGAGGAGAGAAUCACCCCACGGUGGCGCAUGCUCUGGUUCGCCUUGCAGAUUUAUUCAACAGAAUGGGGAGAUUGAAGGAGUCUAAAGCCCACUGUGAAGAUGCCCUGAGGAUCUUCAACAAGCCGCCGCCGGGAAGCGCCUCCGAGGAGAUCGCCGCCGGCCUGGCGGACGUCGCCGCCUUGUACGUGUCCAUGAACGAGCACGAGGAGGCCAUCAAGUUGCUUCAGAGGGCCCUGAAACUCUGCGACGGCUCACCGGGGCAGCAGAGCGCAGUGGCAGGGAUGGAGGCCCAGAUGGGGGUCCUCUGCUACGCCGCCGGCGACUUCAUCAAGUCCCGCUGCUUUUUCCACAGCGCCAUUUCCAAGCUCCGCAAUUAUGGGGAGAAGAAGCAGCCCGCUUUCCUUGCCGUCGCUCUGAACCAGAUGGGCCUUGCCUGCGUCCAGCUCAGUGACAUCCAGGAGGCCGCAGGUCUCUUCCAGGAGGCCAAGUCCAUCAUGGAGAAAGAACACGGCCCCCACCACCCCGAGACUCUCGAGGUCUACAGCAAUCUCGCCGCCACGUACGACGCCAUGGGCAGGUACGCCUUCUUCCUCCUCCUUCCUGCAAGUUCAACGAGGAGCUUCACCACAUGGGGUAAAAUCCAGGUGGGGAGACGCCACUGGAAUCUUGGAGCACAUCGUCAGCGUCAGAGAGGAGAAGCUGGGGACGGCGAACCCCGAGGUGGAGGGGGAGAAGAGGAGAUUGGCCGAGCUGCUGAAGGAGUCCGGGAGAGUCAGGCGCAGGAAGGCCGUCUCCCUGAACUACCUCUUCGGCGGCAACUCCGACACCGCGAGUGGUGGCGCGACGGCGGCGUGA